AUGCACUUCAACACCGUCUUCCUCGGCCUUGUUGCCAGCGCCAGCACGGCUUUCGCCGCCCCGGCUCUCAACUCGCGCUCCGGCGCUGUCUCUGCGAUGGCUGAGGUCCCCGAAUGGACGAUCGAGUCUUUCACCCGGACCUGCAACGAGGAUGACACCUCGUGCGAUAUCUCGUUCGGCAUCAACACGCAAACCGCUCCCGUCACCGCCUGCUCCUACACCGUCACCGGGGCGCCCGCCAGCCAAGCUUCCACAACCGACAUCAAAUGCGGCGCCUACACCCUGAGCUCCAACUGGAGUGGCCAAUGGGGCGUCGAGAACGGGUUCACAACCUGGUCGCUCAUCGAUUGGGACAGCCGCCUCAUCACCUGGCCUUCGUACGCCGACCACGAGCUUGUGAACGGGGAAGCCGUCACUCCCGACAAGAGCUACGCUCCCCAGACUUUGGCUUAG